AUGGAACAACAAGGAGAAAGCACCGCACAGACAUCUCCGCCCGUGAGCGUUCGACCGGCAGCGCAGGCGAAUCAACCUCAAGGCAUUCUGGCCAGAUCAGCAAUCGAAGUGCAUCAGCCCGAUCUCCAUGUGGAUGCAGCAAUGGUUCCUCGCAUUAGCCCGCCUAAUAUGAACGACACCAACAUCGAGUCUUAUUUUUUGUCACUGGAAUUCUGGUUCGCUGCUACAGGUGUGACCCACGACGCACGAAAAUACAAUCUGGUCAUGGCACAAGUUCCACCAAGCAAGCUAAUGGAGCUGAAGGCCAUAAUCGACUCUACUCCCUCAAUAAAUCGUUACGACUACAUCAAGUCCAAACUUAUAGCUCAAUUCGCGGAUAGCCAACAACGACGCGUACAACGUGUUCUUUCCGAUAUGCCAUUAGGCGACUUAAAACCAAGUCAACUGUUCAACGAAAUGCGCCGGGUGGCCGGCACAGCACUUUGCGAGACAGUAAUAAUCGACCUCUGGGCCUCGCGUCUACCACCUCACGCUCAAGCUGCUGUGAUCGCAUCAAAGGGUGACGUAGCAGAUAAAGUUGCUAUUGCAGACGCCAUCGCGGACUCCAUGAAUUUUCGACAAAUUAAUAUGGUAGGUAACCAAGCAACGGCAGCAGGCACCCCCACGCAAACUAACAAUGAGUCAACCACGCUAGAGGAAUUAAAGAAGGAGAUCGCGCAACUGACGAGGCAAAUCGAAUCGAUAAAAACGCACCGAUCGCGAAGCCGCAGCCAAAGCCGACCGAGACAAAUACGAAAUACACGCCAGGAUUGCGCACAGCCAAACGAAUUAUGCUGGUAUCACCAUAAAUUUGGGGCCAACGCUCGAACUUGUAGGAAACCCUGCUCUUAUAAUAACAGGCAGAAGAGCGAAUGA